AUGGUUCGCAUCAUCCCCAGCCGGCUCAAGCCGGGUGCAGGUCACUCGGCAGCCAAUUCCACCACCAACAGCCGUAGUGCCAGCCCGAUGAGGCACCCCGCGAGCCCAGAAGGCCCCAAGGACACCGGCCUAGUUCUGGCGGUGGUCAUCAUGAAGGCACGGAACCUUGCAGCUAAGGAUCGUGGAGGCACUUCUGACCCGUACCUCGUAUUGAACCUCGGCGAAGCCAAACACAUGACGCACUCCGUGUCCAAAACCCUGAACCCCGAAUGGAACGAGAUCUGCCAGCUGCCCAUCACUGGCGUCAACAGCCUCCUCCUCGAUGUUUGCUGCUGGGACAAGGACCGGUUUGGCAAGGACUACCUCGGAGAGUUCGACCUCGCUCUAGAGGAGAUCUUUGCCAACGACAAGACGGAGCAGCUGCCCAGGUGGUUUCCUCUGAAGAGCAAACGUCCCGGGAAGAAGUCGAGUCAGGUCUCGGGAGAGGUUCUGCUGCAGUUCAGCCUCUACGACUCCACAAACAAGCAAGCAACGGACGCUCAGAUCUUUGAGAAGCUCUACACCAUCAUCAAGAGCGCACCAGAGGCGGAUAUCCCCUCGCGCGCCCCUACGCCUGCGCUGACUCCCCUGAACGCGCCCACUAGUUCCCCUUUCCAACCCGGCCCGUCACCAUCUCCCCCUCCGGGCGGGGCGACCACCGACGACAACGAUGAUGAUGACUUUGAAGUCUAUGAGGACGACAUGCCCGAGGACGAGGACCCCUCCAAGCCCGAGACCAUCGAGAAGAGGAGGAGGCGACUACGGAUCAAAGGCCUCAAGCGCAAGAAGAGAGACAACCCUUACGAGUUCGUCAACGGCGGUGUCGACGUGCAGGGCAUCAUCUUCCUCGAGAUUCGCAACAUCACAGAUCUGCCUCCCGAGUCGAACUUCACCAAGACUAGCUUUGACAUGGACCCCUUUGUCGUCGCAUCACUCGGCAAGAAGACCUAUCGCACCAAGACGAUCCGCCACAACCUGAACCCAAUCUUCAACGAGAAGAUGAUCUUUCAGGUUGCCACUCACGAGUUGUCGUACUCCUUCUCUUUCACGGUCAUCGACCGCGACAAGUACUCUGGCAAUGACUUCAUCGCCUCUGCCAACCUUCCCAUCAAGGAGCUGAUGGACCGGGCCCCCAAAGCAAACGAGAUGGGCCUCUACGAAUUGCGCGACCCGCCAGAGUAUCAGCCUUCGCAACGUUCCAGAUUCGCCCGGCUUGGACUGUCUCGAACAUCUUCCGCCCAAAGCCUGUCCAAGAGUGCCAGACCCUCUCUGAGUAAGACGCCAUCUGCAUCUUCCACCAUAAGUCCCCCAACCUCGGUGCCUGCCCCAACGUCCGCACCGGCAGUGUCCCAGCCGAGCGGUGACUCUGCCGCUGACGUAGCUGCCGCUCCGCUGCCGAGUCCCGGUCUUCUAGCUCCGACAGAUGUUGCUCCUCCGUCUAUGGCUGCAGCUGCUGGGGAGCUGAAUCCCGACUCGGACGACCCUGACUUCAACAACUACACCCUUGCCUUGAAGAUGAAGAAUAUUGACAAGUGGGAGGACAAACACAACCCCCAGCUCUACAUCCGCGCCAAAUAUAUGCCCUACGCGGCCUUGAGGCAACAGUUCUGGAGGGCCAUGCUGAAACAGUACGACACUGACGAGAGCGGCUGCAUUAGUAAGGUAGAGCUCACGACUAUGCUCGAUACGCUUGGCUCGACCCUUCGCGAGUCCACGAUAGACAGCUUCUUUCAGCGGUUCCCACACAAGAACACCAACGGCGAGAACGGCAUUGGCGAUCUGACGGUCGAAGAGGCAGUAAUCUGCCUCGAGGACCAGUUGCAGGCCAAGUCGAAGCCCCAGACGAUGACUGAUCGCAUGAGGGCCAUGCUUCCCGACGCAAGCAAAGUCAAGAACUUGCUGCCCGUGCCCGGGACCACUGGCGGCGACGGCACUGCCACGCCUACUGAAAGCACGGUGUCUGACGAUGCGUCGAGCACUCUGGCCAUCCCCGAACAGGGUUCUCCCGGGGAAGAGGGCGAGAACUUGAGGAAGGAAGACCUCAACGAUGACAUGGGCGAGGAGCACGUCGUCGAGAUCCGAGAAUGUCCCAUCUGCCACCAGCCCAGGCUGAACAAGCGCAAAGACACGGACAUCAUCACCCACAUCGCGACCUGCGCAAGCCAGGACUGGCGGCAGGUCAACAACCUGGUUAUGGGCGGUUUUGUCACCGCCUCUCAGGCGCAGAGGAAGUGGUACUCCAAAGUCGUCACCAAGAUCGGCUAUGGCGGCUACAAGCUGGGUGCCAACUCGGCCAACAUCCUGGUGCAGGAUCGCAUCACUGGCCAGAUCAACGAAGAGAAGAUGAGCGUCUAUGUCAGGCUGGGCAUCCGCCUGCUCUACAAGGGCCUGAAGUCCAACAAUAUGGAGAACAGGAGGAUUCGCAAACUCCUCAAGAGCUUGAGUAUCAAGCAGGGCAAGAAGUACGAUGACCCGGCUUCCAAGGCCGAGAUCCAAAAGUUCAUCGACUUCCACGGACUGGACAUGUCGGAAGUGCUCCUGCCCGUCGAGGCGUUCAAGAACUUCAACGAGUUCUUCUACCGCGCCCUGAAGCCCACGGCCCGCCCCUGCUCGGCGCCCGACAACCCGAACAUCAUCGUCUCGCCCGCGGACUGCCGGAGCGUGGUCUUCAAUCGCCUCGAGACGGCCCAGAAGAUCUGGGUCAAGGGCCGCGAGUUCUCGAUCAAGACGCUGCUGGGCAGCGCGUACCCCGAGGACGUGCAGCGGUACACGGGCGGCGCGCUGGGCAUCUUCCGCCUCGCGCCGCAGGACUACCACCGCUUCCACGUGCCCGUCGACGGCGUCAUGGGCAAGCCCAAGCCCAUCAGCGGCGAGUACUACACGGUCAACCCCAUGGCCAUCCGGUCGGCGCUCGACGUCUACGGCGAGAACACGCGCGUCGUCGUGCCCAUCGACAGCGUGGCGCACGGGCGCGUCAUGUUCAUCGCCGUGGGGGCCAUGAUGGUCGGCAGCACCGUCAUCGAGCGGCAGGAAGGGGAGCACAUCCGGCGGGCCGAGAACCUGGGCUACUUCAAGUUUGGCGGCAGCACGAUCCUGCUGCUCUUCGAGGAGGGGCGGAUGAAGUUUGACGACGACCUGGCCAACAACUCGGCCGGUGCGCUCGAGACCCUGAUCCGCGCGGGCACCUCGAUCGGCCACUCGCCCAACGAGCCGCAGUGGACGCCCGACAUGCGCACCGAGGACAGGCAGCUCACCGAGGAGCAGAAGCGCGACGCGCGGCGGCGCAUCCAGGGCAGCGUCGGGGGCGGGGAGUACUCGCCCGACGACAGCGGCGAGGGCGACGCCGACGUUGACGACAUCGACGAUAGUGGCAACAACGGCGGCGGUGGGAUCCCGCCGGCCUCGGCGCACGUCGCGCAGUUUGCGGCCUAG